AUGGCAGUCGAGGCCGGUGGCGAAGGUGUUUGCACUUUCCUCCGGCUUGGAUUGCGACAGGCGAGUAGAGAGAGGAAGGGUGAGGGAAAUGAUCCUAGAAGGGAAAAGAGUGCGGAUCAUCGUUCUUUUAUAGGCUUUGUUUGCUCGAUGGUGGUAUUAGCUUUGUUGUGGCGAGUGUUGGGUGGCGAGGGCGUCCUUGGGUCGGCUUCGAGCAACAAUAUUGGGUGGGUUUGGGAAGCAAAUCUUAUGUUUCGUGAAUACGGACACAGGUUUCUACAUUGA